UGAACCUAUUCAAAAGAAGCCAUAGCCAUUGAACCAUGGACUUGGGGCCUUAUCCAACUUUCCAGAGCCUUCCCUCAACUUUACACAUAGUCACACAGUACAGAAGUUACUACAACCAGCAGCCUGCAUAAAAAAUGAACUCUCUAGCAUUCCAAUUCCGCAACAUCACGCGCGUCUACCCCUUCGUGACUCCCACUCAACUUCCCAAACACUUCCAUUUCUCCUCCCUCACUCCCAGCAAGCAGCGAUUCUACUCAUUCUCAGUCAUGGCUUCUGCCACUAAGAAGGUUUUGGUGCCGGUUGCGAACGGAACGGAGCCGUUGGAGGCGGUGAUAACGAUCGAUGUGCUCAGGAGAGCUGGCGCUGAUGUUACGGUUGCAUCGGUUGAGAAGCAGCUGCAAGUUGAUGCUUGCCACGGAGUUAAAAUCGUUGCUGAUGCUCUGAUUUCCGAUUGUGCCGAUACCGUGUUUGACCUCAUUUCUCUUCCGGGAGGGAUGCCUGGAGCAGCCACGCUCAAAGAUAACAAGACUUUGGAAACUAUAGUGAAGAAGCAGGAUUCAGAAGGGCGGCUGUAUGCUGCAAUCUGUGCUGCUCCCGCUGUUGCGCUUGGAUCAUGGGGACUAUUGAAAGGGAAGAAGGCCACUUGUUAUCCAUCGUUCAUGGAACAAUUGUCAUCCACUGCAAAUGCUACUGAAUCAAUUGUUGAGAAAGAUGAAAAAGUUGUAACUAGUCGGGGGCCUGGUACAGCGAUGGAGUAUGCUGUCGCACUAGUUGAACAAUUAUUUGGGAAAGAAAAAGCUGAUGAAGUUUCUGGCCCUCUUGUGAUGCGUCCAAAUCAUGGAGACGAAUAUGUGUUUAAAGAACUUAAUCCUGUCAACUGGACAUUUAAUGGUUCCCCUCAGAUUCUUGUACCCAUUGCAAAUGGAACCGAGGAAAUGGAGGCUGUUAUCAUCAUUGAUGUCCUUCGAAGAGCUAAAGCUAAAGUUGUUGUGGCAUCCGUAGAGGAUAAACUAGAGAUUUUGGCUUCAAGAAAAGUGAAGCUAGUUGCAGAUGUACUCCUUGAAGAGGCUACCACAAGUGCCUUUGAUUUUGUAGUUUUGCCGGGUGGGCUUGGUGGUGCGCAAGCCUUUGCUAAUUCAGAGAAGUUAGUGAACUUGCUGAAGAAGCAAAGGGAAUCAAACAAGCCUUAUGGAGCAAUAUGUGCUUCUCCAGCUUUAGUCUUAGAGCCACAUGGCUUGCUCAAGGUACUCAUUUAAUGAAUAAAUAAUUUUGGAAAUGCUCUUGGCGGAGUAGAGAAGUAAAAGUUGUAGAUUGUUCAAACGACAAAUGAAUGGCUUCUGUUACAUAGUCAUUUCUGACAAUCUGUUAUUUAUGUUUCCUUCUUUCUCCUGCCCGACUUGUUAAUUUGCGAGUGUUUCUGUGUAGACACGAUACUCUUCUUGUGUUCAGUUCUGAAUUUCAUGGACAUCUUCGAUUCCAGGGUAAAAAGGCAACUGCCUUUCCUGCAAUGUGCAACAAACUUUCUGAUCCAAGUGAGGCGGAAAAUCGGGUAGUUUUGGACGGUUAUUUAAUCACCAGUAGAGGGCCAGGAACCACAAUGGAGUUUGCAUUGGCCAUUACAGAGAAGCUGUUUGGGCGCAAGACGGCACUAGAUCUCGCAAAGACAAUGGUUUUUGUUCGUCAGUAAGCUUGGACUCAGUGUACCUCCUAGGUAUAUCUUACCUUCCUCGGCCUGUCCUGAGUUUCUGAAGUCUGCUAUGCUGCCAAAUAAAGAUGAUCAACCAAGUUUCUCUUAAAGAUAAUCUUGUGAUCCACUACAUCUCAAACUUGGUGCAUUUGUACAAACCAGAAUAAACUCACUUUGAGGCAUCUGAUGAUACGGGCUUUUCAUAGAGACCAAUGUUGGUAGCUUAAUCAGUGUGAAAUAAUAGAAGGAUCGUUUUCUGGAACAUGGAAAUACAUAAAUCGAAAAGGAUCUAUGAGAAAGCAUUACUACAUUUGAGAAAAUUACAUCAAGUUUGCUGGACCUUUAAUCUAACUUUAGUGUAUCAGAUUAAUGUGAACACUAGACUGAUCUUAGUCUUUGACUCCUUGAUAUUAAAAUCUCCUUUUAUUCUACCUUUCUGGUUCUCAAAUAGUACUUGGCUCAAAAUGUCGCGGCAUUCAAUUAUUUGUGUUCCUUUCAGUUUUUUAAAGCUUGCAAAAUGAGUUUUGAGUUUUGUACUGUUUUUAGUACAAAUUUGAAAACUCAAUGUGGACUAUUUUUGUGGGACGGAGGUAAUAAAUUUUUAUUAAAAGAGUUGACUUUCCCUACCUGAUGAUGUUUUCUCAUCAAUUAAAUUAAAAAAUAAUGUUAAGUUUAUCAAACAUUAACAACUACAACGGCAGCUGAGUUCAGGCUGCGGACCAUCAAACAGGUCUGUGGAAGUUAAUUUUUUCUUUUGGAUCAAAGCAAAAUUGAAACUCUGUUUGCAAUAACACUUCUGCUGUUUUAAGGACGAACUAGAUAAUUAUGUCAAAACAGAAAAAGUAACUCUUAAGGAUACUAAGAAGAAAAACAAAGCAAAAAGAAAAGGAGUGCGGUCAUAAACGCAUAAAGUACUCUG